UAUGGGAGUGCUAUGGCUUUCUAUGCCUACUUUGUUCUUACUAAACAGGACUACUUUUACCCUGAUGUUAAAGACAGGCAGUUCCUCCACUACUUCUACCGGAAAUCAAAAGCCAAGCAUUUCAAUGUGGAACAAUACAACAAACUAAGAGAAGACAUAGAAGAAGCAGAAGAAUCCCUGACGCGUCUACACCAACCUCUGCACCUGAGACUUCCGAUCCAGGAAAUUACUAACAAGGACUGACAUUGUUUUGGUAUACAUUAGAAUUGUCCUUUCAAACCUGAUGUGAGCAUUUAGUUACUCAGAAACUGGAUAUUUUUGACCACUAUAGUUUUGAAAAUUACAAUAAAUAUCUCUAAAAAUGA